UUACUCCCGCAGACGAUGGAUGACGUAGUCACGCGCGCGCGUCUGGUCGUGUUUCUGCUCGGGCUGGUGCACGCGCUUUCCUCACAGGGCCAGAGCCUGGGUCACGUGGACCCGUUAACGCUGAGCCGCGCGGAUCCGCGCUGCUGGGAAAGCGCUUCUGCACUUCUGCUGGAAAUGCGCACGCCGCGAAUCGCGCACACGGUGCCCGACUUCUGGGACCUCAUGGUAUUUCUGAAGUCUUCGGACAACCGGAAGCACAGCGCUCUGUUCUGGGAUCUGGCACAAGUCUUCUGGGACCUCUAUGUGGAUUGCAUGCGGUCCCGAAACCAUGGGCUCGGAAGGAGACACAUCAUGCGGACCAAAAGGCGUCUUACAGUCGCGCGCUCUCUUUCCGCGGACAAGUCUUUUGUACAAGAGUCGCAGAAUCAUUUUUCGAAGUUAAAGGAGUUUACUCGGGCAUGGUUUCAAAUUCAGGUGCAACAGGAUGGACCAGGCAACUUGCACAGUGAUCUAAAUCCAACACGUCAAAGAAAAUUUACAUCAUGAAUCAGUGAAAAACAAUGAAGAUAAAAGUAUUUUUAUCCAUGGAAACAUUUUUCUGAUUAAUAAAAUAAUUUGCACCUAA